AUGUCGAUUCUGGACAUUCCCGCCCAACACCACCAGCAACACCACCAGCACCAACAACAGCAGCAGCAGCAACAGCACCGCUACCAGCACCUUGAACAUGAUCCUGAUCCUGAUCGUGAACAGAAAGAGGGGUCCUAUCCGGCUGCGUCGGUUAUGGACUACCGUGACAUCUCGCCGGACGAGGAAGAGACGUCGGAGCGGGACAAGCAGCUGGCAAAGCUGAUCGAUGAAGAGUCCACAAACCGCAAGAUACAGAAGAAUGUCAGAGUCAUCUACGUAGGCCAGGAUGUAUCCAAUCUCAACUUCCUCUUGCGCCAGCAGCAUGUAGACCGCGACGACGAAGUAUACCACUUUGCUACCAACGAGAUCUCUCGCAAGUAUAUCGAAUGUGGCUUCGAACAGGUGCCUCGGGAUGCCUUCGUCUUGCCCGAACCUGCGCUGGCCGACGAGCUGGUCGACGCCUACUUCAAACAUGUCAAUCCCGGUUUCCCCAUCCUGGCAGAGGAUAUCUUCAUGGCACAGUACAAGGGACGGGACUCCUCCGAUGCUCCCUCUCUUUUAAUCCUACAGGCUGUCCUGCUUGCUGGUGCUCAUGUCUCCCGUCCCCGGCCGAUGCGAGACACGCUCAAGGCAGCCUUCUUUCGACGGGCAAAGCUCCUGUUCGAAGCAAGGGUGGAGCGGAACAGGGAUAUCAUGGUCCAGGCGGCGCUCCUACUUACCUGGUACUCAGAUCCGGUGGACGAUGAUGUCGCUGCCAAUGCCCAUUACUGGGUAGGUGUUGCAGCAAGGAUAGCUACGGGGCUGGGGAUGCAUCGGAACUCCGGAUCCAGCAUAUUCGUCCCUCACGAUAAGCGCAUGUGGCGCAGAGCAUGGUGGAUUCUAGUCCAAUUCGACGUCAUGGUUUCCCUGCAGUACGGUCGUCCGCAGGCCAUAAACCUGGACGAUUGUGACGUCGAGCCAUUGAGGGCGGCAGACUUCGAGGGUUGUGGCAAUAAUAUCCAAAAGGACUACGUGAUACAGUUCACAGAGCUCUGCUGCAUGAUCUCCUUCAUCGUCCGCGAACGUUUCGGUCUGCGCAUUGCGCCCGAACGACGCAAGAGUAUCCUCUCCGAAGCGGACAAGGCAUUGGCAAACUGGUCUAUCAAACUGCCCGAUACAGUCCGCAUGUCCACCUCAGACAUGCACGCCUGGCCGGCCUUGCUCCAUCUAACAUACAACAACUUCCUCAUCCUGCUGCACCGUCCUCACCCGCGAGCCUCGGCAGAUACCUACGCCCACAACGACGCUGAGAUAUGCAGUGCCGCCGCGGGAGUGAUUGUCUCUAUCUUCGAAGAACUCCGUGAAAAGGAUAGGGUCAAGUACCUCUGGUCUUCGUCCGUCAACACGCUUUCACGAGCCAUGAUACAGAUCAGAGUGGGAACUACGCUUCUCAAACCCGGUACUUGCAAUCAAAUGCCCUGCGCCGAUUCGACUCUACCCUCGGUCUCCCUCCGUGCGCUGUCGGAAUACUGGCAUAACGCAGAGAGUAUCUUGCACCUGUUCGAAAGCUCAAAGCGGCUCAAGUAUGAUAUGCAAAUGGUCAAGUCGAAACAGACUAAUAUCACACAAUCGCAAAAGGAAGGGGACGCGGUAUCCAAGUCAAUCGAAGGCCCAACACCACAAGUAGAGACACCGCUACCGCAACCGCAGCUCCAUAACUGGUGGCCUAAAGCCCAGCUCGGUGAACGACUAACCUACUUCUCGAACUCAGAAUCCAUCGCGUCCGUCAGCGCACCGCAUCAUCCUCCACCACCACAACCCCAAGCGCCUCAACCUCAUCCACAACCUCAACCCCAACCUCAACCGCAGCAGCAACAACAACCUCGUGCCCGCGCAUCAGAUCAUAUUCCGUCUCCGGGCCAGGGACCAGACUGGCGACAGCUCUUCACCUUUGAGUCUGAAGCCUGCGGAGCCGUUGUCCCUGAAAAUCUUAACGACAUGGAAGACGAAUGGCGCGAGCUAUACUUGCACGAUCCGGGAUUGACGGAUUAUUUCCAGGAGAGUACCUGGUUGCAGAGCUAG